GGGGAAUUGGCAGAAUUCCCAGCCCUCCCCCAUCUCUGCAUCUCGUUACCGGUGUUCUUGUGCCAGCUUCCUUUAUUUCAGUGCUUCGUUCCUACGUCUCAUUUGAAUAAAUGAGGAAUCCAUUUACAACAACAUUUAAAUAUUCUAUUUAGGCAACGGAUUUGAGACUGCUUCAGUGUUGAAUUUAUAAAUUUGGGGUGACUGCUAAACUGGGUAAAGUCUUGACUUCAGUGUUUUGCUGUCGGCGUAUCGCACUGUUUGUUUAAUCCAUUGCUCCAGCUCUUCUGCCUGUGAAUAGUCCCCAGCUGUAGUGACUGACAUGGAUGAUCUUCCAACAAUUGAUGCUAGAAGACAAGAACUUCUGGAAGCUCGAUUUCUUGGUUCUUCAAGACAAGGUCAAACUGGAUCAGAAUCAAACAUGAGCGCUGGGUCAAUAGGUGGCAGUAGUGAUCGUGACAGUGCAUCGGGUUACACAUCAACUCCAGAAAGGCCGGAUAAGGAAAAAUCAGAAGGAGGAAGGAAGGGUAAAAAACGUAAAGCUGAUUCCUCUGAUCACAAAAAAAGUUCCAGCAAAAAAAUUAACGAUUAUUUUGGUGCCAGUUCAACAGUAAGUCCAUCUCGAUCGGGAAGACAGGAUCAUAUUAAUCUCUCUCCACAGACUGUGUUAAAAUCACCGACAUCUCAUAUCCAGCAGAACAGUAAUUCAAGUAAUAUUGAUUUUUCUGGAUUGUUGCAUCAAUAUCAUCAAAGAAAAAACACUAGUAGUAAAGUUGUGAAGAAUAAUCAAACUGACGUCACUAUGCAAGAUAUAGUGGAAUUGGAAAGCAGAAGUAGCUCUCUAGAAUCAAAACACGAUCGAAAAAUAGAAGAUUUGCUUCAUAAAAAUUCUAAUAUAGAAUGCCAACUCCAAGAAUUCAAAACCCUGGUACAACAUUAUACCGAUCAAUUAGAAAAGUGUAAAUUGGUAAACAGACGAUUACUAGUUGAAAAAACGAAAGCAGAAAAGAAGGAAGCUCGAAAGAAAGCUAUGGAAGGGAGACUGCGAUUGGGUCAGUUCACAAGACAAGGACACAGUUACCAAGAAACAUGGAUCAAUGGAUGGGCAUUCGCUGAUAUAGAUCGAAAGCGUGAAACUAUUAAUAAAGAGAAAGAAGAUAUAGAAAAGGAGAAAAAGAUAUUGAAUAAAAGAAAACCGACAAAUCUUCGAAAUAAACAAGCUGCAGAUACGGAAGGAACAUUUGUAAAACCAAAGGAAGUUCGAGAACAGUUCACAGUUCAGGAAUAUCACGAACGAGAUGAAGUAUUAAGACUUCGAUUGAAUGCAGUUCGGCGGGAUGAAACUGAUCUACAGUUUGAACUGGAAAGACUCGAACGUGAAAGAAGUUUACAUAUAAGAGAAUUGAAGCGAAUACUAAAUGAAGAUAAUUCAAGGUUUAAUGAUCAUCCAAUACUUCACAAUCGAUAUCUCUUGCUGAAUAUGCUUGGAAAAGGUGGAUUCAGUGAGGUUUACAAGGGUUUCGACUGUGAACAUCAACGUUACGUCGCAAUAAAAAUUCAUCAUUUAAAUCGAGAUUGGCAUGAACAAAAGAAAAUGGAUUAUGCUAGACAUGCUAAUAGAGAAGCAGAUAUCCAUAGAAGUGUUGAUCAUCCAAGAAUUGUGCGACUGUUUGAUAGAUUCGAAGUCGACAUUAAUACGUUCUGUACUGUCAUGGAAUAUUGUGAAGGAAACGAUCUCGAUUUUUAUUUAAAACAACAUAAAUCAAUGUCUGAAAAAGAGGCAAGAACUAUCAUAAUGCAAGUCGUGUCUGCUUUAAAAUAUUUAAAUACACUGGAAAGACCUGUGAUACAUUAUGACUUAAAACCAGGGAACAUUUUAAUGUGCGAUGGUGCUGUAUGCGGAAAUAUUAAAAUCACUGAUUUUGGUUUAUCUAAGCAAUUUGAUGAAGGUUUGAGUCCUCGUGAAGGAAUGGACCUCACAUCGCAGGGUGCUGGCACUUACUGGUAUUUACCACCAGAAUGUUUUGUUCGUGGACCUGGAGGACAUCCACCUAAAAUUGACAAUAAAGUUGAUGUUUGGUCUGUUGGUGUUAUAUUUUAUCAAUGUCUGUAUGGAAAGAAGCCAUUUGGACAUAACUUGACGCAGGAAGCGAUUUUAAAGCAAAACACCAUCUUGCGUGCAACAGAAGUUACCUUCCCACCAAAACCAUCUAUCAGCAAUGAAGCUAAGUCCUUCAUAAAAAGUUGUUUGAUGUAUCACAAAGAAGAAAGGUCCGAUGUGUUCGCAUUGGCAGGUCACUCUUAUUUUACUCCACCGCCUACAAGACGACAGACAGCCGUUUCCACAAAUGCUACAAAUGGGACCUAAUUCUAUGUUCUGCAUUCGUAUUUCCAUCUCUCGUCAAACAUUUAGAAGCCUUGAAACCUGUCACUGAUAAAUGAUGAACUCACAAUUCAAGGAAACUAUAUCAUGUGGAUUAGAGUAUUUUAAUGGUGGUAGAUGCUGAUCCAAUACUGACAUAACGAUCUGACAAAUUGGAUUUUUAACAAUAGCACAUACCAGUUUGCAGGCGGCAA